CAGCCCCCGACGAACUACAGCUCCCGAUAGGCAUCGCGGCAGCGCCUACGGCGCUCAGAGGGGACGUAGUGACGUAGAUAGUUACCAUGGAGUUGCUCUGAGUAACCCCAAGGUAGUGGGACGCGGAGGCUGCAGGGGAAGCAACUGUUGGGGGUAUUUCCAUUUUAACAGGGAACAAUCCCUGAACCCAAAGGAAUGAAUCCCUAAUGGUGGAGUUUCAGGCAUCAAUGACAGGCUGAUCCCGGAUUCCCAGGGCCCAUGCUUACACCUGACAAAUGAUGGCCUGAGCUAUGAACAAACGGGACUUUAUGAACACUUCGGUGCAAGAGCCCCCUCUUGACUACUCCUUCCGAAGCAUCCACGUGACCCAAGAUCUGUUAAGCGAGGAGCCACGGAAAGGGCUACGACCACUAAGGCACGCGAAGUCGGGGAAGUCAAUGACCCAGUCACUGUGGCUGAACAACAAUGUCCUCAAUGACCUGAGGGACUUCAACCAUGUGGUUUCACAGCUGCUGGAGCAUCCGGAGAACCUGGCCUGGAUUGACCUGUCCUUCAAUGACCUGACUUCCAUUGACCCUGUCCUGACAACUUUCUUCAACCUGAGUGUCCUCUAUCUCCAUGGCAACAGCAUCCAGCGCCUUGGAGAGGUGAACAAGCUAGCUGUCCUCCCUCGGCUCCGGAGCCUGACACUCCAUGGGAACCCCAUAGAGGAAGAGAAGGGGUAUAGGCAAUAUGUGCUGUGCACCCUGCCCCGUAUCACCACACUCGACUUCAGUGGGGUCACCAAGGCAGACCGCACGACAGCUGAAGUGUGGAAACGCGUGAACAUCAAACCCAAGAAGGUCCGGAUCAAGCACAAGGCACCCUGAGGUUCCCGGGACCCCAGCCGUCCUAAAGGCCUGAGGCUGCUCCGUUUGGUUUGACAAUAAAUGAGCUGUUCAGCACAUCAGAAGUCCCUUAUGCCAUGUAAAGAUGCCCCCAACUCAGGAGACUGCCAGUGGCUCUGGUCUUACUUCACUGUAACAAGGAGAAAAUGGAAUGAAAGGCCUGCUGGCCUUGAACACAGGAGACCUGGGCUGACUGCAUGGCCUUGGGAAACUUACCUAACCUGUCUGGGCCCUUUUUCACUCUUUAGCUCAGAUAUCCUGAGGUUAGAGUUGCUUCACAGAGCACGAAGGUUCUGUGGAGAUGCCUCAGAGGCCUCCAUGACAAGGGGCCAAGAAGAUGGGCUGUGACCUCUGAACACCCCCCCCCCACUUUAAUGAGAUCAGAAUAGUUCCAUUCUCAUAUUUUAUGUGUCAUGAUUCUGUUUAAGAUUUCAUUUGAUAAAAAGA